GUCGCGUUUGAACACACACUCAAGUCGCGUUUGAGCACCUAUUUUAGUCGCUUUUAGCACCAACACAAGCUACAAUAGGGUCUUAAACACGAUUUGAGUGGCACUCAAGGACAAAUAACUCCAGAGGACCUAGGAUCUGUUUCAAAAAACCCCUAUUUAUGAAAACCCGCUAAUAUGUGUAUUGCAACCUUAAGUGCCUUCAACGCUGGCACCAAAGCCGGGCGGCGAACGCAAAUUUGUGUCCGGUCUGUCGUGCUGUCUUAGUUCCUGGCCAACCUCCUCGAGUUCGGGACCAGAUGGAUCGUGAUUUGUUCCGGCUAUCUGACGAGAUUCGAGAGGAGUCGCGGCGGGUUCGGGUGUAUAGAGCGAGACGCCGCAGUGAAGACUGGCCAGGUAGAGGCUACGAUGACGACUACUACUCAGAAGACGACGAUGACGCAGGAAAUUGGGAACGCUGGGUAGAGGAAGAUGCUGCAGCGCGCGCUGAACUAGCUCCGUCCGAGGAGCCUGACGCGGGCGGAGUCUGGGGUCUGGGCCUACAAGAGGACCUUACAAUGUUUAACCCGGGUGAAGUGCGCCUGAACGAAGAAGGAGGACCUUAUAUUCCGCCAUUCCCCCACCGGCUUGCGAGGCUUGGGACCCGAGAUGAUGCAAUGGCUGGUGCCGGAGAGCGUGAGCGACUUCAGAUUGAGUCGAUCGUGGACGAUGCAGUUGCUCUUCCUUCCAAUGGAGGCUACACUGUCUGCCAUAGAUCGCGUGGAGAUGUCGUGGACAUCCCACUUCCUCUCCACAUUGAGACUCGUAGACUAGACCCUGCUAUCGAACGACAACCGCACGGCCGCCAAUCUGCCCUGGGACAUAGGGUUAGGGAUCUUGAACAGCGGUCUAACCAGGACAGACUGCGUUCACGUACGAGACGGCGCCUCUUGGAAGUGGGAGAGCCGGGACCCGCUGAUCUCCGCACGCGAUCUGGCGUUGGUUCCCUCCUCGAUGAACGAGAUCCUGUCCAGGGCGAUCGCCACGGCCACAACUACGACCAGCAUCAGCCUUUCGGCUCCCAAGAAGAGCCCAACCUCCAAGCGCUGUUUCAAGGGUUGGAACAGGUGGAGCACAUCUCUUCUAUUCUUAACAACACCACGCGCCUCAACUACCCCAACCCUCGGGGAUUCCAUGUUCCGACGUAUACUACGGCUACGACACACGCGCCUGAGCGUAGGCACGCAAGCGCAUCGAGCCGAACCGCGCGCGGCGGCAACGGGACUGUAAACGAGGAUACCCGCCGUUCUGUACCGGCGCCUCUGGCUCGAGACCGCCAUGAUAGGGCUAGGGAGCGCGUGCGUAGAGAGAGCGCAACUAGGCGGCCCGAUGGGUUGGGAUCGCGCCUUAGGGGGGCAGCUGGACGGCUCUGGCAUGGGAGGAGCAGAGGUGGAUGAGGGCGUUGCGUGAGCUAUGGGGCUCUGGCAGGCGCUAGACUCUUACUUGUCGAUAUUCCUUUUUUUGUCAUUUCUAUAAAAGGUAGAUUAGCGAUCGAGGUAUGGGGCUAGAAGCAUAUCCC